CGUUAUCAGAUGAGAGGCUCAGUGUCACACCUAGGAGGGGGAAGAAAGCUUUCCAUACCUUUGCAAUAAACUGGGGACCCCAGUCUGAUACUAUGUCCUCGGGAAUCCAGAAGACAUGAAAGACGUGAUUGAAGACGAGUUCUGCAGUUUGCAUUGCAGUGGGAAUCUCAUUGAGAGGAAGCAGAUCACAUGAUUUAUAAAGUCGAUCAAUGACAACAAGAAUGCAUGUGUUACCAUCAGAGGAGGCCAGGUCUUUGAUGAAGUCCACUCCUAGGUGUGACCACGGGCGAUUGUGAACAGCAGCAGAUGGAGCUUGCCUGUUGGUAGAUGGCUUGGGCUCUUUGAGAUGGCACAGUCAGAGCAGCCUUGAAAGAAUCUUCUCACGUCCCUGGCCAUGUUGUGCCACCAGAAAGGAUCUUUAAGCAGCGAGAGUGUGCUGAUGGCUGCUGGGUGAUGAUUGGGGUGCGCUGACUGGGACACCCCGGUGGAGCUGUUUCAAGGGCAUUGGAGGAUGUGGUUAGUUGCUGUGACCACUGGAUGGGACUCAGAAUCAAGUUGGGAGGCAAGAUGGGCUCAGGUUCCUCUGUGACCUCUUCUGGAGCAUGAAGACGGGAGAGGGCAUCAGCUUUGACAGUCUUGGUACCCGGAUAAUAGGAAUUGUAAACAGAGAACACUGGAGACAUGAAGGAAGGGAAGACUCGCUGGAGUUCAGAAAGUCAGGUAAGUAGUCCACUUUGUACAAACGAGACCAGACAAUGAGGUGAGACGAGGUGUGUGCGUUUGUAGCAGUCCUACUGAGUGAGCAGGAUGAGUAGCAGGCGUGUGUGAUCAGAAUUCUGGUGAUGGUGAGCGCUGCGAUUGGCUGAUGUUGGAGCCUGGCAAUUCUGUAACAGCAAAUACUUCAAAAUCAUCUGCCACUUGGUAGAAGCUAGCAAAAUUAGCCACAAGCCAAUAUGCAAACAUCCCCGUGACUUGCCCUCAUCCUCAAAAAUCACAAAAUUAUGCAAGAUACAACUUAGACUGCAUAGCACUGAGAGUAAACAUGUAUGUGCAACAGUGCAAGCCAUUUUACAUGUUGGCAAGGUCUAAGAAACUAGUCACUAAUAUUUAAAAUGUGAAAAAAAACGUCUCUUUAUAAAGUGAACACAUCUUGAGAGAAAGUCACAAAUAUUCUUCCAGAAAAAUGCAGAAUUUUUCAGACAGCAGGACAUUUAGAUUUGUACUUGUAAAUGAUUUCUGUAUCAAGCUUUUUUCCCCUAAGACACCAUAGUAUUGUUAAGCUUAUGUGUCAUGCACCUCCCACAAUGAGCAAAUAAUGAAUUUGACUUUAGAUAAGUGUACAUUUUGUUGGUACCGAACUGCUCUUUGAAAUGUAGUUGUCAAUUUGUGUUAAUGCUGUAUGUGUUUAUAUCACCAGGAGGAGCAGGUGUUUGUCUGUGGGUUGAAGUACUUUGAGGAAGACUAUGAGUUUGAUGAGGAGGUGGAGGUUGAGGCGCCGCUGAGGCUGAUUGAAGAGAAUGUGAGUUUUUUCGAAGACGAUGAGGUGGAGCUCAUCAAAGUAGCAGUCCCUGAGUUCGCAGACGGCGAUCCAGCUGGCAUCCUGCAUGACUUCGCCAUGAAACUGACUGCUUACCUCGACCUGAAUCUGGACAAAUGCUACAUCAUCAACCUGAACACAUCUAUUGUCAUGCCGCCCAGAGAUUUCCAGGAGUUCCUGGUCAACAUCAAGGCAGGAAUGUAUCUUCCUCAGACAUACCUUGUGCGAGAGGAGAUGAUGAUUACAGAGAGGCUGGACAGCACCAGUGAUCUGGGCUAUUACAUCAAUAAACUGUGCAAAGACAAAGACACGUACAGACUGCAGCGCAGAGAAACCAUACUGGGUAUGCAGAAACGUGAGGCUCUGAACUGCCACACGAUCCGCCAUUUUGAAAACAAGUUUGUUGUGGAGACUUUGAUCUGCGAGCCAUGAAGAACAUGAACCUCUGACGCAGCAGCAGAUCUACAGCGCUUCCUUUCAUUCAGUGAAAAGAGUUGCUUUUGUGCCCGCUUGUUUUUUCAUAGGCCUUUUUUUCACAUAUAUAUUUUUUAAAUCUAGAAUGUGAAAUUCUUUUUUCUGCACAAAGAGGUAUAUUAUAUUUGAGUGUACAUGUAAUGAGUGUCUUAUGCUAUUUUAUGAAUAUUAGGCCUAAUAAAGGGACAUAUUGCGCACAAGAACAAAAAGGGAUUAACAAUGAUUUUAGCCUAUAUAGAAGCCCAAUCAGUUUAGACAGCAAGUGAUUUAAUAAUUAAAGAGUUUAUUCCAUGAGCUUGCUGAAAAAGUAUGAUUUUUUUAUAUAAAAGUGAUUCUGUUGUAUUCAACAUUUGCAACAUCUACUGUAUUUCAAUUUGAUCCCGUUCAAAGGUUUCAGCAAAUUAGUGUAUAAUCUGGAUCACAAUGCUGCAGCGUCACAAUUUGAAGUAUUCUUGAAUUUGCGUUUACUUUGUAGAUCUAUUUCGAAUAACCAUACAAACAGAACACUUCCUUUAAAAUGUUCCUAUCUGAAAUGACUUUUUGUUCUUUGCUCAUUUGUAUAUAAGCUAAACACUCUUCUGUCUUUAGACACAAGCUCCAUUUAAGAAAAAAA